UGCACAGGGGGGUUGCUCAGGUUGCCCGGGCAACUGCCCAUAUACCCUUCUCGACUCACGUUGCCCUUCCGAGGUGGAAAAAAAUAAAUAAAAAAAAUCGUACAAUGGAUGCAGAAUUUCACGUAAGCCUAGAUUAAAAAAAAAAAAAAACGCAAAGCCUCAUUCACUUCCAUAUUCGGGAAAGUGAAAGUCAGUAGGGGAAGGGCAAACUCUGUUUACGUGGCUGCAGCGCUGCACGCGACCGGCACCUGAGCUGAGCCUGCAUGAGCGGCACUAGGAGAUUGUCGCGGUUGUCGGGUGAGACGACUUAACGUUGUCGGAAAGGUAUAACAAACGGACGAUCAUCAUCAAGUUUUAUGAAAUGAAUUAAAAUCUUCAUAAAUCCAGGAUGAGUUUGCCACGUUUAGCCUAAAUAAUCAGACAGAUAGCUUGCAGACAAGCAGCCUAGGCUAGGCUACUAUUUUUUUGGUAGGCAUUAAGCAAACUAAGCUACAUGUCUGCUGAUAGUUAGUUUCUCACAUUUCAUUUUAGCAAGAAGAAUGAAUGAUGGAAGUAAUGCAUCACAUUAGUUAUUUUAUUCAAAAUGGUUAAAUGCCUAAAUCCUAUCACUAUUUUGGGUAUUGUUUGAAGCCAAGAUGCCCACUGAAAAGAGGCGGAUUCAGGAGAGGGAGAGACGAUUCAGGGAGGCAGCAAAGGGCAGCACAUCACUGCAGGGUUGGCUGCGAAAAAGCCAACCAGCAGAUGAGGAGGAGCAGUCACAAGCCUCCAGUCUAUGUGAGGAAAAUGUGGACCAGGAGGAGGCACAUAGAUCAGGAUGAGGCGCCACACAUUGCAUUACUGGGUUCUGGAGGAGGACAAAGAGCCAUGGUGGGUUUGCUGGGAUCCCUGGUUCAGCUUGAUAAAGCAGGUCUUCUGGACUGCAUCCUUUAUCUGAGCGGAGUCUCUGGAUCCACCUGGUGCAUGGCCUCCUUAUACCAAGAACCAGACUGGUCCACCAAACUAGAGACCGUGAAAGACAGAAUCAUCAAGAGACUCAGCGGACCAGGAGUCAGCUGGGGAGACGCAUUGGCCAAACUGAAGAAAUAUUACAAUGAGAGAGACUUCUUCAGCUUGACUGAUUUCUGGGCAGCAAUAGUCGUCACAACAUACGUGAAAGAGAUUGACGAAUGCAAACUCUCAGAUCAGUGGGACCAUCUCAGUAAAGACCCGUUUCCCAUUUACACAGUGAUCGACAAACAAUGCAAACAAUGCAAGGAGGAGAAAGACUCCUGGUUUGAGAUCAGUCCACAUGAAGCAGGUUAUUCCCUCACUGGAGCAUUUGUGGAAACCUCCAGCUUCGGCAGCCAGUUUGACAACGGCUCCAAGAAAAAACAGCAGGAUGAAUUUGACAUGCUGUACCUGCAAGCUCUGUGUGGCAGCGCUUUAGCUGAUGGAAAGGAGAUUAAGAAAUUCCUCUGGGAAAAAAUACAUGGUGCAUUUGAGGCAAUGAGGAAACGUGUUAAACACAAUAAAGACCCAAACUCCCCACCUGUAGAAAAGUGUUUACAGGUGUUCAUGGAUCUUGUGGACAUGAAUCUCUGUGUUUUGAAUGACGAAGAUCCUUCUGCUCUUGAUGAAUCCAUCAGAAAAACACUGAAUGAGCUCGAUAGAGGCAAACAUCAGCUGAUUUUUCCUAUAAAACAACUGAAUCUUGCUGAUAAACAAGAUGCAAAACGCUAUAUGAAGCAACGCACUGAAGAUGUGUGUAAUCAUUUGAGUCAUUGUUUCAGUUCCUGGACCGAUGUAAAGAUGUGGACACGCAUUUGUGAACGCAUGGCUCACUGGAUCUGGGGCAGGAAUUAUGACUUUCUCCACAACAUGGAUGUUAUUUCAUGCUGUGAUCCCUCAGAUGAAACUGUGCCUUCUACUCUUCUGGAAAGCGAGACAAGAGACUAUGAAGAUGCCGGACUGUUGCUAAACUCACCCUACUUCUCAGUGCUGAGAGAAGAACGACACACUGAUCUCAUAAUUUCCCUGGAUUUCAGUGAUGGCGAUCCUUUCACGACACUGAGAGAAGCUGCUGAUGUGUGCAAGAAUCUAAAGAUCAAUUUCCCUAAACAUAUUCCCAGUGAGGACUCACAGAACCCGAAGGACUUCUAUGUGUUCAAAGAAAAAAAUGCUCCAACUGUGAUUCACAUCCCUCUGUUUAAUGUGGUCAACUGUGGAGAUGAUAUUGAGGGCUGGAGAAAAAAAUAUAGCACCUUUCAAGGUCCUUACAGCGCUGAGAUGAUCACUGAUCUUAUGGAGGUCGCUGGAAAAAACAUCUCAAACAACAGAGAGAAACUACUGGAGCAGAUUGGUGCUGCUGUUGGGCAAAAAAGGAAAUAAGUCCUUACUGUUUGUUUUUAAUGCUUUGUGUGUGUGUGUAAGUAAAUUCCAUACCAUUUGUCACUUUGUUGACAUAUUUUAGGUUAAAUAAAUGGACAUUACUUACACUAUCAAAGAGAAAACAACAACACCAGCAACUAACUAAUGCUGUUUAUUAAAACAAAGUAUAUUUCUCAUCAAUUUAGUGCUUUUCAAGCAUAUUUACAUUUAUUCCAAAAUUAUAGGUAACUAUAAAUCAUUUCAUACUCCAUGCAUAUUGGUUAACUGCUAUAUUCAGCUGUUAUUUUCAAUAGUCAACUUAUUAUCAGAUCAUCAGUCAUCAAAGCUCAGUAAACAUUGUGUCAUUUCACCAAGCUGAUUAUCUAAAACGCUUUAAGAAAGUGUUUUCAAGUCAUUUCAAGGCUGAAUGUGACUUGACGUACAUCUAAGUGAGUUGUUGACUUAACUUUUAAUUAGGCUUUUCUUUAACACCAUGUUUAUUCAGACCGAUUUGAGGAUGAGGUUUAUCAGCCAAUCGCAGCUCUUUUCGGUUUAAUAUUGUAAACACUCUUCUGCAUGUUUCUGUAUGUUCCUUCAUGCUUGACUUUCAUUAAGCAAUAAAUAGAUGAUCAUUAAUAAUCAAGUCAACCAUACCACAGACAUGAUCACAACUAUGAUGGCAUC